AGCCGCUGUGCGGAGCUUGUGGUCCCGGAUCGGACGCAGUAGGGUGAGCGCGGGAGGGUGUGGCGGGCAGAGGAGACUGGACCAGGCAGAUGGCCUCUCAGUGGCAGAACAUGGGAGCUUCUGUGCGCCGACGAUCUCUCCUGGAGGAGGAGCAGAUGGAGGAGGAGGUGAUACGAUCAGCGGCCGGCCAAUCAGAGACAUCGACCGGACCCUUGGGUUCCCUGUGCAGAAGUUUCCAAAGACGGCUGCCCCUGAGAGCAGUCAGCCUUAACCUCAGAUCAGGCCCCUCCUGGAAACGCCUGGAAACCCCAGACCCCGAGAAGCAGGGUGUACAAGCUGCAGCUCGCUCAGCUAAGACUGCCUUGGGCGCCAUGUCCCAGAAAAUCCAGGAGUCCUGCCAAAGUGGCACCAAGUGGCUAGUGGAAACACAGGUGAAAGCCAGAAGGAGAAAGAGAGGGGCGCAGAAGGGCAGUAGCUCUCCACCUCCCAGCCUGACCCAGAAGAACACUCGGCUGUCUAGGGCUUCCCCAGACCUCCAGGAGAGGGAGCAACACCGCCUCUGUGCCCGGGUUGACCCACGUGUUCAUCCACUACGGCGGCUAAGGAGGGAGGCUGCCCUACAGAGCCCCUAUUCAUCGACAGAACCCCUCUGCUCUCCCAGCGAGUCUGACAGUGACCUAGAGCCUGUGGGGGCAGGAAUUCAGCAUCUCCAGAAGCUGUCCCAAAAGCUGAACAAAGCCAUCGUGGCUGAAGAGGGUGGUGACCUGACCGUCUCCCUCAUUCGGCACUGAGGACAGCAUCCUUCAGGAAACAAGCCCUGUCUGGCCACGAAAGCCCUCACAACCAGGAUGUCUGUACCAUGAGCUUCCUGGAAGAAGCACCUGCGUCAUCGGCAACCCUGAGCUGCUGCUAACGAGGACCUGACUAACAAGGGCCCAGAGCUCUUCUGCUUCAGCCACAUCACAAUGUGGCCCAUCAGUGACCACCUGCCAUAGCCUGAGUGACUUGGGGAGAACUUGGAAUUUCUCCUACCCUCUCCCCAGGGACUAUUGUGCUUAGGAACUAAUCCCACACAGUUGGGAGCUUUAUCAUAAUGCAAAGGCACCAGAAGAUGCUGGAGAGUUUUGAGCCACUGAGUUUUGAUGCUGGAGAGUUUUGUACCCAGGAGCAGGGUCCUUGGGGAGCCAUGUGUGGACUCACCUCCUGUGUUCUAAUGCAGAGGUUCCUGAGUACAAGAACCUGGGGUUCUGCUUCUCCCCACCAGGACCCCAGAGGAAGGGAGAGGAGAUAAUUCCAGGUUCUGUGACCCUGGGCCUAUUUAUGAUGAGCUCAGCAUGAGGCACUGUGGACUUGCAGGGAGGAGCUAUCUUCAAGAGCAGUUUCUGCCCUUUGUAAAUUACUUAAGAAAUCUUCUUUGUCAAAAAACAUUGUGUAAGUUUCCUAGAUUGCAUCGCUUUUUAAUAAUAAAGACUCUUUCCA